CCGAGUUCGUUCAUCUGAUGAGCUUGAUGCAUGCCCUGGCCAUGCAGAAGCUUCGUGGAGAUUCCGACAUUAAUAACCUAUCCGUUGGAAGUCUGGUCGAUAUCCCGACGCCCAAACCGUCUCCCGAUCCGGGCGAUGUCGAGGAAUGGCGCAAGUGUUUCGCGCUGCGGGACUACUUCUCUCUCUUCCCUACCAAGCGGCACCUGAAGGCCUACCAUAGGAUCUUCUCUCUGCCUGUCUUGGGCGGAAUCAGCCCGGAGGAGAGGGAGGUGCUCUCCCAAACCGAAGAUCGGGUUCAUUGUGUCUAUUGCUGGCUGCAUCGCUCGCUCGUCGCCCGCCGCACCGAAGGGGGUAUCAAGGUGGAUGCCCCCGUCGUCUCUCGAAUCUACCAAGUCCUUUCUGACGGUAUGUUAGGGUUUGAGAACUCUUACAAGCUUGCAAACACCCCCUUUCCCUUCCCUUACGCGCAAGGCAUUUCCGUGUUCAUCUACGUUCUGGCCUUCCCUAUCACCCCCGCGGUCGCCGUUGCAUGGAUCGAUUCCCUCUGGAUGUCAGGACUAGCUGCCUUUCUGAUGAUUCUAGGCUACGACAUGCUGAAUGAGGUGGCUCGGGACCUCGAGGAACCCUUCCGGUACGAUCCCAACGAGCUGCCGGUGUGGUUGUUCCAUCACCGGUUCAAUGCGCGGCUGGUCACAACGCUGUGCAAGAGCCUCAUGCCGGAGGUCGGGAUCACGCGACAUCUCGACUCUGGCUUAAUCCAUAAGCAAGUCCAGGACAGCCGGCCGGCUAUCAUGUACAGUCAGGUGUUCGAAGAUUGCGCAAGCAACCCUCUGCUGCACAGCAAGCACGACACGGGUAGCCUUGUGUCGCACAGUGAUGGCGGAACGCGGAAGGACGAAGGGGGGUGGGAAAAAGACGGUGGGCAGGAAGAAGAAGAUCGGCGGGAAGUAGAUUUGGAGGGAGAAGAGGAGGAGGUAGUGGAUGAGGAGAAACAGGAGAAAGAGAGGAGAGCAAUUCCCGCACGAUGGUGUUGCCCGAUUCGCUCUUCUCAGCCCCACCACCCACACCCACAUCGGCCGUCGUCGCCUACGGCCACCACAUCCCAUGCAGUAUGAGGGCAUAUUACUCCCAGUAGGACUUUUUUGCAUAUAAAUAUGACCGCGUGUCCUUCGGGACAUCCGUUAAAAUUGGAACGAUACAGAGAAGUGUAAUUAGCAUGGCUCCUGCGCUUUCAAGGAUGACACGUAGAAAUCGAGAAAUGGUAUAAUAUGACCGCGUUUCCAACCCGGCCUGGAUGCACCUCACAGCAAUUACGUCCUCAGAGAACUAGAAGAAGUCCUAAUGCGCUGAGUGCUGUUUCUAGUGUGGCCAGUGUACGACCACCAGGUUUUUGUGCGACCAGGGUUCUAGAGCGCGAACAGGCACCUAG